CCCAAGUUGCCCAGAAGGCUCUUGGCUCUCGUUCCAGUGCUCCUGGCGUUAGACUUGCUCUGGCAAGAUGACUACUAUACAAGAGGGACAGGUUGUGAUUGUUGGCAGUGGACUCAUUGGAUGUAGCUGGGCCAUGGUAUUUGCUUCUGGUGGUUACCAAGUAAAACUUUAUGAUAUUGUGCAAGAACAGGUAACAAAAGCCCUGGAAAAAAUCAGGAAACAGAUGAAAGAACUUGAGGAGAUCGGGAUGUUGAAAGGAACACUGAAGGCGGAGCAGCAGCUCUCCCUUAUUAGUGGCUGCACAGAUUUAAAAGCAGCAGUAGAGGGAGCCAUGUACAUUCAGGAGUGCACGCCUGAGAACUUAGAACUGAAAAAGAAGAUUUUUGGCCAGUUAGAUCUCCUCGUCGGUAACAACGUUAUUCUAAGUAGCUCGACAUCCUGCCUUUUACCUACGAAAUUGUUCACUGGACUGAAGCACGUUAAACAGUGUAUAGUGGCACAUCCUGUAAACCCACCAUAUUAUGUGCCUCUGGUUGAACUGGUUCCCCACCCAGAAACAGACCCUUGUACACUGGAAAGAACUUAUGCUCUGAUGAAGAAGAUUGGACAGUCCCCAGUUAAACUAACCAAAGAGAUUGAUGGCUUUGUUCUGAACCGGCUCCAGUAUGCAAUUAUUAGUGAAGCAUGGAGGCUUGCUGGUGAUGGAAUAAUCUCUCCUGUGGAUCUAGACCUUGUGAUGUCUGAUGGUUUGGGGAUGCGAUAUGCUUUUAUGGGGCCACUGGAAACGAUGCAUCUUAAUGCGGAAGGACUGCGCAAUUAUUGCAAGAGGUACCGUGAAGGGAUAGUGCGUGUCUUGAAAAGCUUUGGGCCAAUACCAGAUUUUGCUGGAGCAACAGAAGAUAAAAUCUAUGCGGCAAUGUGUAAAGAGACUCCAGAUGAUGCAGAGCACUUGAACGCCAGAAGGCAAUGGCGAGACAACUGCCUGGUGCACUUGGCAAAGCUGAAAAAGGAAAUAAAAUCCGAGGAUUUGCAUCAUCAUUAAGCCAUGGGAGCAGCCACCAUCAGGCUUGGGAUACAAGUGGGUGCGUCCUUUCCACGGGCAAAAUGAGAAGGAAGGGGUGAUGCAACACGCGAAAGAUAAUUACAGUGGCGAAAGGCCAGUUGAUCUGUACUGCUGUAGUCAGUUAAUUACGAUUAAUAUAUUUUCAUCUGAAGAUCAUCAGAAGCUUGAUUCUAGAUGUUGUUUUAAAGCCGCAUCCUGAGGCCUCUUGAAGGCAAAUGCGCAGAGUUCACUAGAACUGCAUAAGGGGUAUAGCUAAUUAUAUUGCAGCUUUAAAUACUUUUGAACCACUGGAAUGAAAUACGGUUUCCAUUUUAAGUAACAUCCUGUAUUUUCGAACACAGAUCGGGCAGCCACUGUAUAUCCGUAACUGUAAUGUUUUAGGUUCUCCAGCCCCUGGAUUUCUUCUUCAUAUUUUCAUCAUCUUGGAUGUUAACAGCAUUCAGUACAUUCAUACAUCUGACAGAGUGGGGUCCAGCUCACAAAAACUUUACACCUUUUAUAACCUUGCUUUUGGAUUAAUUGAAACCAGGUCUCUAUUUUCAAGCAUAAAAAGAUGACUGCCUGUCCCUGUGGACUAAAUUCAUCUUUCUUUGGGCAGGGAAGAGCAUCUUACCCCAUCUAUAAUUAUCAUAAUCUUAAAUAUAUAUGAAAGUGAGUAUAUCUCAUGCAUGUUAACGGACCUUACUUUCAAAUAAACGUGCUUAGCUUCAUGGCCUCUGUUAUUGGUAUCUAUACUGGGUUGUUGGUAUCUAUACUGGGAGGACAACAGCGGGAAUACAUGAUCAGCGCAAUCCUCAGAACACUUUCUGGGAGUAAGCCCCAGCAAAUAGAUCUGAGUAGGGUUCUAAAUAGACCUCCCUAGCAUUGCUCUUGAUGCUAACUGCAGGAUAAUGUACCUUUUUACUUGGCUUCAUGUGUGAAGACUUUAGGUGUUAGCAAAGUACAGUUCUGCCACAAUUCUGGUUGAAGAGAAUGAUUGUUUCUCUUACAAGCUCCUUUCCCCUAGGCCUUAGGUAUCAUAGAGACAACAAUCAAAUAAAUGGCUCAGUCACUGGUUCAUAUGUACAUUUGAGAUCUUAUACAGAUUUUUUUAAUUUUUUGUUAAAAUCCAUCUUAAUACAUA